UGUUGUCGUGACGUAGUCUCGUCAGCAGUGUGCAGCAUGCUCUGUUUGUGCAUGUGCCGUCACCAUGUGCUGCUGUCCUCAGGAAUAUGUGCUAUUUUGCGUUUAUUUCUGCACAAUUUAAGAAACCAACGUCUUUAAGGGGAAUAAAUUGAUUUUUCGAGGAGUUUAAUAAUGCCAAGGACGCCGUCUAAACAUCGUAACGCUUAGCAUUGAUCACUCGUAACUGUCAAAACGUGUGUUUGUGAAAGAACAUGUUGAGACGUGUUUCCAUGAAGACCUGACCAGCUAGGAGACAAUCAAGAAAUGGAUUACAGUUUUCCUGACCGACUGUUCCCGACGUACUUCAGCUCCGGACCCCCGAACUGCGGAUCCAAACACACCGCCGGAGGAUGGGGCGAGUACAAGGGGAUACUCAACACAUCUGAUCAGGGAACAUGCAGCGAGGCGCAUCUGAAGAUCCUACCCAGACGGCGGACUGGAGGAGACCUCUGGGCCCCCUCGGAGCCCCUGGUACAGCCGCUGCUGCCGCCCAAACCAAUUCCACCGUGGCUCUUGGAUUCUUCAGAGACGACAGACUUUGGACAACAUAUGGAGGACUUCUACCGGAACCACAGCGGAGAUGCCUUCGGCUCCGUCGGUGCACUGCUUCAGGACCACUUCUACCUCGGCCACAAACGGAAAAAGAGCUGGCGUAGCGACGCUCUGAGUCUGGGCUGGACGGAUGGCUUCCUGAGCAAGCUGGAACACAGGAAGUGCGAGUACACGUAUCUAAACCGCCGCGUGGUCGCCUACGACAACCUGCUGCGAGACGCCCUCCACGACAUCCCCCCCACGCUGCUCGGGGCGCUGCUCCAGGAGGAGCUGCAGCACAGCGGCCAGCGGCUGCUGUUCUCCGAGACGGCCACCGGGGGAGCCCUGGCCCACGCCACCCUGCCCCGGGACCCCUGGCUGCUCUACGCGGCCGGGCCGGCCUCCAGCCUCCUCAACUUCCAGCGGGUGUCGCUGCGGUCCGAGGAGGGGGACUGCCCCCGGCUGGACGCCUGCAGGAAGCCCGCCUGCGUGGACCUUAAAGGGCCGGUACGCCAGAUCAGCGUCUCCGCCCUGCUCUCGGACUGUUGUGUGGCUGUGCGCUCCGACUACCUGUGUGGUGUGUGGAGGUUCAAUGAGGUGGACAAACCCAAGGUCCUGCAGGUCAUCACAACCAAGCAGCCAGUCACCUGCAUCACAGCCAGUCCACACGUUCUGGGUGAGGUUCUGCUGGCUGAUGAGAGUGGAUCUGUUCACCUCUGGACCGUCGGCAAAGGCAUGACCCAGGUGCGGCGGGAGGACAGUAACCUGUACUUCAACGCCUCGUCUCCUUGGCGAUGGUGUGAGUUCUCGGCUCACCCCAGAGUGAUGCUGUACGGUGACCGCACCGGGAUGGAGCUGACCGACGUCCGGGCUGCCAACGCCCCCAGCUUCACUCUGUUCCGGAUCAGCCGGUCUCCCCAGUGUCGCAGCGGGGAGAGGGUGGUCCUUGGGAGAUACCUGGCCGACGCCAAUCCCUUCCACCACCUGGUCACCACACAGUACUCUGCCUACAUCAUGGACGAGCGUUUCCCUGUUCUGCCCAUGCUCAAGUGGGACCACAUGAUGCAGGCCCCGCCCAUCUUUGCUCAGGUUCUCCCAGGCCACGCCUCCUCCUCUGUGGGCGGGUCUAGCAGCACCAAGGUUGUGAUUGGCUCCCAGAGUUCCCAAGAAAUCGUCAUGCUGCAGUACUCAGGAGGCUCAGCCGAGCCGUGUGUCAGUCUGGGGUCUCCUCAGCAGCUGCUGAGCCCCAGAGACUCUCUGGACCACCUGCCGGUCCAGCUGCCCCACCGCACCGAGGAGAGCCGCCACAGGCUGGCCCUGCCCGCCGCAGGUAUGACGUGUUUCUCGGGCAGGCGAGGCGGCGGCGGCGGCGGCGGCGGAGAGGACUCUAUCUGUGUCCUCCAGCUGACCGAGGCUGGAGACGUCUUCUACCAGGUCCUCAGACCGGAGCUCGGCGCCGGCCCGGACGCUGCAGGCCAGGACCCCCCCCUGCCGCCGCCGGGAGGGGAGGCAGGCGGGCGCGGCGGCUCCCCGUCCCAGCGGAGCGCCGGGGAGCCGCGGCCGGGUCUGGUGGCGGAGGACACGGGCAGCGAGGAGGAGAUGAUCGGGCCCACCCAGCCCCCCGGCGGGCCGCCGCCGGUGGUCCCGGAAACCCCAGAGAGGGGGCGCGGCUCGGGCUCCUCCAGUGAGGAGGAGGGGCUGGGCGGGAGGCGGGGCCGCUACCUGGGCCUGGAGGUGGUGGUGAACGAGGAGGAAGGCCAGGCCGACGCCGCGGCCCUCGGAGAAAAGGGGGAGGUGGCUUCCUCCGUCCGGACGGACCGCCCGGCGCCGCCCAGCGCCCGGGCCGCCGAGGCGUGGAGGCGCUGGCUGCAGCAGCUGCUGAGGUGCAGGUCCGCGGACCGGGCCCAACCCACGGCCCGGAAGCGGCGGCGGGCGAAAAAGGGGGCCGCCCACGACCCGCUCACGGAGGACCGCCUGCAGAGCCUGCGGCGGGACCUCGGGGAGAGCAUGCUCGGCGGCUCCCUGCUGCUGCACGGCGCCACCUCCCUGCCCGCCGUGGCCCCGCCCCGGCUCCCGGACACGGUGCGCACCAAGGCCUGGGGCGACGUCCUCAGCCAGCGGCUCACCGUCUCCUGGCAGGGGGAGGAGCAGUGGAAGGCGUGGUGGUCGGACAAGCUGGGACUCAACAGGAAGGAGCGGGCGGAGGCGCUGAAGAGGAGGCGGAGCCGGGACAAGGCGAGGAGGAGGAGCAACCGCUCCCUCAGCGGCUCGAGCCUGGCCAACCCGGGCAGCUCCUGGGCCUGGUCCGACCCCGACGACGCCUCGUCCCGCUGGUCGGAGCCCGGCUCCCCCAGGUCGACGGUGUCCCAGUCCGCCCGCUGGUCGGAGCCCGGCUCCCCCAGGUCGACGGUGUCCCAGUCCGCCCGCUGGUCGGAGCCCGGCUCCCCCAGGUCCACGGUGUCCCAGUCCGCCCGCUGGUCGGAGCCCGGCUCCCCCAGGUCCACGGUGUCCCAGUCCGCCCGCUGGUCGGAGCCGGACUCCCCCAGGUCCACGGUGUCCAGAGCGUCCCAGCUGCAGCACUGGUCUCCUGGGUUCUCCUUGUCUGGCUCCCUGCCCAACCCCAAGGAAGGCCCUCCUCGACACCCCCGGCUGUUGGAUGUGGAGGACGACCUGGUGCCCCCCUCCUCCUCCAGCCAGCUGGUAGCAGGGGGUAGCGUACCCUCCACCCCUAGGCCUCACACCCCUGGGCCUCUCACCCCCACGCCUCGCACACCCAGGCGGUCCCAGGCGUCCCAGGCGUUCCUCGGCCGACCUGGAAGCCAGACCUCGGCGGUCAAGAGGAAGAGGUCUCAGAUGGGAUUUUAAUAUUUAAUUUUACUCCGGGCAGCACUCUGGCUCUUUGUUUUAACCACGCAGAGGAGAAGCUGGAGGCUUCCUUGACGCAGAAUGUUGUCACCGUGCGCUCUGACGGCGUGGACGCCAAGCCCCUCAGAAGCGGCCAACUGGAUUAUACAGGGUUAGUUUUGGCUAGCAGUCUCUGGAUUGGAUGUAAAGGAGCACCGCCCGUGUAUACGUACCAGAGGGCCGCUAGGGGGCUCCAGGGCCCUUCUGCUGGGGGUCUCCCGGUCGCAGUAAGUCCACUAGCCCCCCGUCCUCAGCCUGGAGGACCGGGGGGGGGAAUCGACCCCAUGUUUUUAAUGUUGUUAAGGAUCCGCUCUGUGUUGCUGCACGGAGCUGUCCGGGCUUCUUGUGUCCUGUAGAGCGGGGCUCCUCAGCGGCAGGUCGGACUCUGAGCACGCCGAACGCCCUGACAGCCCUCUGCACGCCACAGCUGGGCUCUCUGUUUGGACAAUGGAUCGCCGACUGUGAUGCUAAGAGGUUUCCGACAGGGCAGUCGGUCGGCCCCACGGAAACACUGACAGUGGGAGAGUGGGAGAUUAAACCGUUGUGGAACUCCUGGCUAGGGCUGGGGAUAUGAUCAUGAAUAUCCUCACAACAAUAUCAAAAGGCCUACCCUAUAUAUUUUUCGAUAUAGUUUCUAGCGCAAUGUCAAAGGACCAUAGUGAAUGAGUUAUAUUUACUAUUCACAAAAAAAAAAUAUUAAGCAAGAAAAUGCCCUCACCUUUAUUUGUCAUGUAUUGAAUUCACGCAUACAUUAUUUUUUGCCAUGGGGUAAUUUCUUUAUUUCGACAGAAGUGUGUUUGUACGUCAGGGGGAGGAGUAGCAUCCUGUCUGGCCAGAAUGACGCCUCAUGACUCAGCCUCGUCUGCAGCCUUUCAUCAGAAGUGCGUGUGGACACACCUUGCUUGGUUUCAUGAUGUAAUGACUUCCUUAUUAUGAUGCAUCGUGCUUGGAAUUUGAAGCCUUUAAACCGGUAAUUACCAUCAAAUAUUUUAGUUGUUGUAAAUUGCUACCAAAGUGAACUUUAGUCUUCGUAGGAAUCAUAUUGUGAGGUGUGACCGUGCUAGUGCCUAAAUAAAACCUGGUUCUUAGUCACGUACUUAAUAUUUUCUGGUUGGUCUCGGUUGCUGAAAUCAGUGUGGUCAAAAUGAGGCAAAAAGUCAAAACACAAGUUUAAAAAUAAAAGUUUUUAUAAGAUUUUUUUUUUCUUAUAGAUGACAAAGUGGAAUAAAUAACAUAUCUACAAAUAACUAUUCACAGUCUUUUUUUUUAACAUUAUUUACAGUUUUACAUUGUUUUUGUAUCGACAUUUUUUACAUUUUGUAAUUUUUUUUUUAACAUUGAGACUUCUGUCCACAAUAUUUGUCACCAUACAACAUUCCCUGCAAACAGGCUUAAAUAACACUGCAUACUAGGUUGGCAAUUGAGAUUCACCCGACCAUGCGCACCACAACCAAUCCUUCUCAGACCCAGGCAGACCACAUCCUCACGUUGACUUUGACAUCUCUCUCAUGAGCAAGGCACCUUGUCAACGCUACACGCUGAGCUAGGAAGAUGUUCUCACAGAGGUUUCGUCAGAGCUACUUUUCCUCUCGGGCUAGCGACCAGGCAUCAUAAAACCUUGCAAUCCAAGAGAAUUGUGCAAAUGAUCUGUUUUAAAAUGCCUUGCCUAGUAGAAAACAUUUUUCAUAACAGUCAAUACAAUGGCGUUGACUUGUCGUUUGGCUAACUGAA